AUGGAUUACAGUAGCUCCCUUCCUCUCCCUGGUUCUCCUUUCCCUCUAAACCCCCAGGAUUUCCCAAAUUUCCCACCAUUCCCACUCUCCGAAGAGCUCAAGUUCCUGUGCCCGGACCUCGCUCUCCCCCCGGAUUUCUACAAUGUGGGAUCCCCAUCCGCCAUGGAUCCACAGGUGAGCUCUGAUUUCAGCUUUCCUGUUAGCAAAGACGCUGUUUUUCCUUUCGAUCCUGCGGUUUCUGUUGAAGAUUUGGAGUUCAUCGAUGCCCAGUUGGAGUUUAGGGUUCAUGACAAUGUAGUCCAAGGUGACAUUUUUCCUCAAGAUCCAAAUGUGGGUUCUUUGGACUCUGGAGAAUCCAAUCUAACCCCCCAAAACCCAGUGCAGAAUGCUGAAUUCAAAGACUUAAGAAAAAGCCAGAAAAUUUAUGGCUUGCGAGAGGGGAAGAAGGCACUAAAGGUAGCUACAGUAUCCGUCGACAUGAUUCGGAACAGGAGGCCAUUUAAAUGCAUGCAUGGGGGUUGCGAGAAGACGUUCAAGAAUGCACAAACCUUGUCAAUGCAUUACAGAACGCAUGAUAAGAAUAUGAGUGAUGUGUUGGCGACGAGCGCUUUGAAGGCUGGGCAGAACAAGAAGAUCCCCUGCCGGUGCCCGGUCUGCGGCAGGAUCUUCGUGGGGUUGUAUGAAUUGAGGCGGCAUUUCGGGCGGAAGCAUUCGGAGGGCGAGAAGAUGCACAAUUGCAAGAAGUGUGGGAAGAAAUUCUACAUUGAGGUGGAUUUGAGGGACCAUGAGAAGCUGUGUGGGGAGAUGGUUGGGUGCAAAUGUGGGUUGAAAUUUGCAUUCAAGUGCAACCUUCAGGCUCAUAAGAGAACACAUCCGGAAUGCGUCGGAAAGCCAUCGAAUUCUCCAGAGAAUAGAAAUGUUGAGAAGGAUCAGAGUUCAAGCAGCCCUUCCCUUGGACUGAUGGGGAUGAAGUUGGAGGAUAUUUGGGCUCUCGGUUGCCGGGCUCGGCUUGAUGCACUUGUGCCUGCAGUUGUCAAGAAGUAA